AUGACCAGCGAAAAUCCAGCUUUCAAUGGCUAUGAGCGAGAUUACUGUCCACUGUUGCCCAAUGUAGACAGCAUGUCUGUCGCUAAGCUUCGCUUUAUGCAGUGGAACGUACUAGCACAUGCUUUUGCGACAGUCGACCAGUUUAUUCACUGUCCAACCAAAUUUUUGCCCCUUGAGAACCGCUGUGAACAGAUUGUGGCCGAAAUUUUUCGCUUCGAUCCGGACCUUAUUUGCUUACAAGAGGUUGAUUUUUUAAGCCGUUUACUGAACAGGCUAAAUGCAAACAGCGACAAGUACGCUGCGGCAUUUUCACCAAAAGUGCAGUCGCCAUGCCUGAAAAUUGAGGACAAUAUUGGUCCGGAUGGUGCAGCUAUCAUUUACAGAUCUGAUCGACUGAUUGCAUUAAAAACUAUGGAACUCCCGCUUGAUAAUUUACAUGAGAGAAGUGCCUUACUCUGCAGAUUUCAGUUUGAUUCAUCGACGAAGUUUCCUUCGUUUUACGUUGUAUCUGUGCAUUUGAAAGCAAAACUUUCUUAUGUUGAAACGCGUUUAGAACAAGGAAAGUUUCUAAGGGACGGGCUUGUGAAACUCCUUUCUGAACAUGGUAACUCAGACCAACGCAGCCCACUGUUCGUUUGUGGCGAUUUCAAUGCACAACCUCAUGAACCUGUCAUUGAAUUAAUGCAGCAGAACGUCUUUUCGAUGACACUUGGUUGGAACUUGACUAGCGCAUACGCGAUGGCAAACAACGGAAAAGAGCCAGAUUACACUACUUGGAAAAUUCGUCACAGUUCUGAUGAAGAACAACCCACGGAAAUUUUUCAUACAAUUGAUUAUAUAUUUUAUUCGCGAGACUGUGUCUACUUAUGUGGUUUGUGGUGGCCACCUCUACGAGAAACUAUUGGACCCACUGCUCUUCCAUCGUCUCUCUUUCCUUCUGAUCACAUGAAUCUGGUAGCAGAUUUCGCCCUUCCGGUUUUAGAUAAUACAGAAAUAAAGUUCGUUUAG